AUGGACUACUCACCCCCCUCAACUCCCCAAGCCGGUCCUUCCUCCCAUUCCCAUUCUCAGUUCGGGACUCCAGCGUCCUACUCCGCAUCUGCAUCCAGUCCACCCGCCGCUACGCAUACGCCCUCCAUCCCUGGCCACACCGGUACACCCUCCAUCCCUGGCCCCACCAGCACACCCUCCAUCCUCACCGCACCCUCCGGAACCGGCUCCGGCCUCCGCCUCACAAUCCCCUCCCUAAAAACCCUCAAGGAGCUAAAAGCGAAAAAAGGAAGCACGUUGCAGGAUGCGAGGAGGAAGGCGCAGCAGCAGAAGGUGCCGAGGCCGAUUAAGUUGAAGCCGUUGAGGGAGGUGUUGGGGGGGUUGAUUGGGAAGAUUAAGAAAAAAGACUCGUACGCCUUCUUCCUCGAACCCGUCAACCCCGACCUCGUCCCGGGCUAUCGCGACGCGAUAGCGCAUCCUAUGGAUUUCGGGACGAUGGGGGUUAAGGUGGAGAGGGGACGGUAUAGGAGUUUGGAUGAGUUUUCGCAAGACUUCAACCUAACCCUCCAAAACGCAAAAACCUUCAACCCCCCCGGAACGCUCUAUCACUCCGAAGCGGAACGCAUAGGCGCGUGGGGGAAUGAGGCGAUAAGUAGGGCGAGGGGAACGGUGAUUGAGUUCGAAACGGAGUGGGAGGUCGAUGUGGAGAGGGAUGUGGAGCCUUCGCCUGCUGCUUUCAAUGGACAUUCGACCGGUUUGGGAGGAAGGGCGGAUGAGGUUGAUGUGGAUGGAGAGGAUUUUAUUGCAGAUGGGAUGGGUGGGGGAGCAGGCAGGGAGAGUAUGAGAGCGAGCGUAGGGCGGGGUAUGAGCGCUGGCUUUGGCUCCCCCGCUCCCACCUCUGCGUCUGCCAUGGCCGGAACUCCAAUUUUGGGCUCAGGAUCAGGGACGGGAACGACAGGAUACGGCCGACGACGAGCAGCCAUGAAUGCCGAUGCGGCGCUCACGCUCUCUGCGAAAGAUGCGUUUACGCCUUCGCAUCAUGCGUAUCCUUCUUCCUCUUCUCACCACUAUACCGACCGAGAUCGACUUGGCGUUGGCGUUGGAGGCGGCGGCGUUGGAGGAGGUGCAGGAGGGGGAGGAGGAGGAGGAGGAGGAGGGAAGAAGGGUGCAGGGGGGCCAGGUGCGGCAAUGUUAGCGGAGGGGUUGGAGGAGGGGGGGAGGAUGCCGGGGUGGAAGGAGGGGGUGGGGAGGUUUCCGAGUGGGAGUGAGUGGGCGAGGGUGGUUUUGGAGAUGAAGAUGAGGGGCAAGAAAUAUAGGACGAAGAAGGAGAGAAUGCGGAUGGAGAGGGGAGGACCGCCGUUAGCCCCGGAUGGGAGUCUAGCGUAUGCGGAACUCGACGACCCAUUCUCCAUCCUCUCCGUCUUCGUCCCCCCACCCCGCCUCUCAAUCCCCGCGCUCACCCCCAUCCACAUCCCACAACUCGCCUCCGGGCCCACACCAACCUCCGCCCCGGCCCCCACGAACGCGAGUGGGAGCGGUGGAGCGUCGAGGACGACGAGCGUGCCGCCGCCACAGUCGCCGUUUACGACGCAGCCGAAGUAUGCAUGGCAACAACAACAGACCCAGCAGCAGCAGCAGCAGCAGCAACAACAGCAGUUUCAUGUGCCGACGCAAGCACCGUCGGCGGUGACGAGCCAGACUGCGACGCCGGUUGCGCCGGUACAGGCUUUGCCGCCUGCUGCAUUCCAGACGGCAUCAUUAGCUCAGCCUCAACUAGUCUCUGCGCCUCAGUAUCAACCACCACAGUCACAAGUGCAACCUCAAUCUCAGCAAGCGCCAACACAACAACAACAACCAUCCGCUCAAGCGCAGAUUCCAACCGUGGGCGAUGUCUUGCCCAUCGCGAGCACAGUGACGGAAAACCUCCCGUCGCGCGUUCAUGUCCCCGUUCCUGAGAUUCCUAGGUCGAAGUAUCGCACGCCGAGGACGUUCGUGCUUCCGUUUCCGAAGGAGGUCGAGGCCGCCGCUGCCGUCGACGCGAACGUGCCGACCUCGUCAGCGUCCACUUAUACGCUCCCCGUCGCACCUAAUACCGCCUCGCCCUCCAAGUCGUCCACUCCCAAUCCCACAGCUUCCACCUCCAACAUCACUACCACUGCCCUCAAUCCCACCCCCGUCACCACCACCACCUCAACCUCCGCCACGCCAACGAUCACACAACCCACCUACGCCACCAAACCGCCUCGAUACGCGCACUGGGCGAUAACAAGGCACGCGCCGUCGCGGACGAAGAAAGAUCGGGAGAGGGAGUUUUAUGGGGAGGGGGUUUGGGCGUGGAAUGGGGGUGCGCAUCCGAAUGCGUAUUUUGCGAAGGCGGUUGAGACGGAAGAGAGGGAGGGUGCGGAGGGUGGUGCUGGUGCGGUAGGAGGACCGGGAGAAGGAGGGGAAGGAGGGGAGAGAGUGCUGGUUGCGACGGAUUGGGGAGGGUUUGUUGCGUUGGAGGAUAGAUUGAAGGCGGAGGUGUUUGCGAACGGGAAUGGGAACAAGAAUGGGAGGGUGAAUGGAGGGCGGAGCGGGAGCGGGCCGUCGCAGGAUGUGUUGGAUACACAGGCGAAGCUGUUCGAUGCCAUUCGCAAGUCGGUCGUCGAUGCCGCCACGAACGGGACGGGCGCGACUCCCGCUACUGCUGCUGCUCAACCCAACUCCAAGUCCAACCCUCAGUACGGAGGACCCAAUGCCGGACAAGCGGGGCAGGAAACCGCUAUGGACGUCCAACUCGGGACGGAAGCGGGAUAUUGGAACGAGAGGCGGGCGAGAGAUGCGCAGGCGUGGUUGAGCGAGGUGGUGUAUGGAGGUGUGGACGGUCUUGCGCUGGUUAGGAGUUUGGCGGAGUUUGUGGGUCCUGCUGGGAGAUUCGAGGUCGAGGAGGACGAUGAAGAGAUGGAUGUGGGUGAGGAGGCAGGGGUGAAUGGCGAAGAGAGGGAUGGGGACGAUAUGGUCGUUGAUCGGGAGGAGGAUGUUAAGAUGGAGGUCGACUCCGAUUCUCGGCCUCAGCCUCUUAGAGAUUUAGAUGCUCAUCGACAUCGAAAUGUAGCGGAAGAGAAGAAGACAUAUGUGCACUACCCGCUCGGCGAACCUCUCCCUCAAUACAUCGAGCGUACUAUAAUCGACCCUCUAACCUCCAACCUACACUCCUUCAUCCGUGUAGCGUCGUAUCAGCUCCUACACCCCUCAAUCACCUCGUCUCCACCCUCGCAUACAAACCCACAUUUCCUAUCUCCUCACAUCUCCUCCACCUCUCCGUCCUCGCAAUCGGCCCCUCCUCCCCAUCCCCAAUCCCAACCCCUCUUGUCGAACCAACCAAACGCCCAAACCGCAAACAUCAACACACCCACCCACGCCCAACACCUCGCCUCCAAAGUCCGAGACUCCAUCUCGCUCUCGACCCGGCUCUUGCCCAUCCUCACCUUGUUGUACGAGCUCUCGUCGCAGAAGAUCGAUCUGGGAGCGUUGGUGACGGCGCCGGAGGAGCUCUACGAGGCCGAUCUGGGGAUCUUCGGCCCUCGAGCGACAGGGGCAGGAAAGACGGCGACUAGAGCGGGACCACCGGAGAGCGAGCGGGAGAAACUCGUCAGAGGACUCGAGCGGGCGUCGGAGUCGCUCACGAAGUUGAUUCGAAUGCGACAGGGUGUGGUGAUGGGACAGAAAGAGCAAGCGAAGGAGAAGGAGAGAGCGGAGUUGGAGCAGGAGUUGAGGUUGAAUUUGAUCGCGUUGGCGAAGAGGGCGCCGUUGGAUAUGAUCGCGAAGAUGAGGAAGGAGCUGUUGCCGGAGCAUUUGAGGGGGGUGGUGCCGACUUUGGAUUGAGUGGGUGGAUGGGUGGAUGGGUGGAUGGGUGGAUGGGUGGAUGGGUGGAUGGGUGGAUGGGUGGAUGGGUGGAUGGGUGGAUGGGUGGAUGGGUGGAUGGGUGGAUGGGUGGAUGGGUGGAUGGGUGGAUGAGCGCCGAUGGCGGUUUUCUUGGGCUGGUUGGGGGUGGAGUGUGUGUCGGUGGAGAUACUUGGGGAGCGUUUGGCUGCGUGGUGGGG